UUUCUAGAUUUUAGCAACUUUUACCGCCGGUUUAUUAAAGAUUUUUUUAAACUAACUAUAUUAUUUAUAUAUUUAAUAAAAAAAAAUAUCUUAUUCGACUGGUCUUCUGUCUGCCAGAAAAUAUUUAAAAAUUUAAAAAAUAUUUUUAUUAAAAUCUUUGUUUUAUAG